AUGUCGCAAGAACAACCAGCUGAAAGCAAGUUAUGGGGUGGUAGAUUCACUGGAGCCACUGACCCAUUAAUGGACUUGUAUAAUUCUUCGUUACCAUAUGACAAAAGAAUGUUUGAAGCUGACUUGAACUGUACAAAAGUGUAUACCCAAGGAUUGAAUAAGAUUGGGUUGAUUACUGAUGAAGAAUUAGUUGCUAUUCAUAAGGGAUUGGGUGAGAUUCAAAAGGAAUGGGAAGCUGGUAGUUUUGUUGAAAAGGCUGGAGAUGAAGAUAUUCAUACAGCUAAUGAAAGAAGAUUAGGAGAAAUUAUUGGCAAGCAUAUUGCAGGGAAGGUUCAUACAGGUAGAUCCAGAAAUGAUCAAGUUGCUACUGAUAUGAGAAUCUAUGUCCGUGAAAACUUGACUAAGAUGCUUGAAUUUUUGGCGGGAUUUAUUAAGACCAUUUCUAAAAGAGCUAAGGAAGAAAUAGACGUUUUGAUGCCAGGAUACACGCAUUUACAAAAGGCUCAGCCUAUUAGAUGGUCUCAUUGGUUAUCUAUGUAUGCUACAUAUUUCACUGAAGAUUAUAAAAGAUUGAAGCAAAUCUUAGAAAGAGUCAAUCAAUGCCCAUUAGGUGCCGGUGCUUUAGCUGGCCACCCUUACGGUAUUGAUAGAGAGUUUUUAUCGCAGGGAUUAGGUUUUGAUUUCCCUAUUGGUAAUUCCUUGACUGCUGUCAGUGACCGUGAUUUUGUGGUUGAAACUUUAUUCUGGUCAACUUUAUUCAUGAAUCAUAUCUCCCGUUUCUCAGAAGAUUUGAUAAUUUAUUCAACUGGUGAAUUUGGAUUUGUUAAAUUAGCUGACGCUUACUCUACCGGCUCAUCAUUGAUGCCACAGAAAAAGAAUCCUGACUCCUUAGAAUUAUUAAGAGGUAAGUCGGGUCGUGUUUUCGGUUCUUUAUCCGGUUUCUUGAUGUCUAUUAAGUCAAUCCCUUCUACUUAUAAUAAGGAUAUGCAAGAAGACAAGGAACCAUUAUUCGAUGCUUUGACCACUGUUGAACACUCUGUAUUGAUUGCCACCGGUGUGAUAUCAACCUUGGCUAUUAACAAAACAAAGAUGAGAGAGGCUUUAACAAUGGAUAUGUUGGCUACUGAUUUAGCCGAUUAUUUAGUUAGAAGAGGUGUACCAUUCAGAGAAACUCAUCAUAUUUCUGGUGAAUGCGUUAGAGUUGCAGAAGAUUUGAAAUUGUCAGGAAUUGAUCAGUUAUCUUUGCAACAAUUCAAGGAAAUUGAUGAAAGAUUUGCGGACGAUGUGACGGAUGUCUUUGAUUUCGAAGUUAGUGUCGAAAGAAGAACUGCUAUCGGUGGUACAGCUAAGUCGGCUGUGUUAAAGCAAUUGGAACAACUAGAAGCUGAAUUAAAAUAA